AUGAUGUUCAAGAAAGCAUCCUUUCUCUCAAUUUUGCUGGGCGCAACUCUUGUGUCUGCAGUUCCUACUCAAAUUGUAAAACGUACCACACCAAUCAUAGCCAAUUUCGAAGACAUCACCUCUUCCGAUUUCGCCUCCACAUAUAAGUGUCUUUCCGGACAAGUCAACUCAGAAGCAACUGGUCAAUGUAUCCCUGCAAUCACUCCCCGAUCAAACACUGAACUAGUAGCCAGAACUUCCGGAGAAGUUCUCAAUGAUUACGAAAGUAUUCCCAUCGGCGGUAUUCCUCCACUCAGCAGCAACGCCCCCCUUACCUUCUACAACCAACUCACCUACGGUGGUACCUGGCGCGCCAUUUUGAAAACCGGCGCAGCUGCCCUCCUGCAACAAAUCUACGGCCAGCAAGCCGCUGUCGGUUUCAACGGCUCCACUAUCACAUCCGUUUAUCUCGCUUCUCCUGUUGCUUCUUUCAAAGCCAAUCAUGCAAGUUUUGCAUGCUAUAUUAGUACCACGACGGGUGUGAGCCCGGGGGUUGCGUGUACAGUGCAGGUUACAGCAUUCAAGACAGAUGGAUCGACAUAUGAGGAUGUUGCGGGGUGUGGAUAUGAUGGAUUGGGACUUGUCGAACAAUGCACAUUCCCCAGUACAUGGACAAACGUCGCCAAGCUCUCCUUCCAAAUCGUCGCGUCGGAGAUUUUGCAGGAGGUAGGUCCGUCUUUGGGUGGACUGUUGGGAGGAUUGCUUGGAACGGUGGGAUCGAUUGGAUUUAUUGUUGAUAAUUUUGAUGCGAACUAUAACUGUGUGGCUGGAAAGACAAACUCUGUAGUUGCGCCGGGACUUUGUGGAUGA